CGGCCUCUUCCCUGCUCCGCGCCGCGGCCGCUUGUUGCACCGCCCCGCGGCCUGCGGGAGCGCUCGGCCCGGCCUCGGCCCGCGUCUGCACCGCGCGCCUCCGCCCGGCCCGCGAGACCCCGGCCCGACCCCGCCGCCCGCACAAAAUGUCGGCCCGGACGCCAUUGCCGACGGUGAACGAGCGGGACACAGAGAAUCAUACAUCCGUGGAUGGAUAUACUGAACCACAUAUUCAGCCUACCAAGUCAAGUAGCAGACAGAACAUCCCUCGGUGUAGAAACUCCAUUACGUCAGCAACAGACGAACAGCCUCACAUUGGAAAUUAUCGUUUACAAAAAACAAUAGGGAAGGGAAAUUUUGCCAAAGUGAAACUGGCAAGGCAUGUUCUAACAGGUAGAGAGGUUGCCGUGAAAAUAAUAGAUAAAACUCAGCUAAAUCCUACCAGUCUACAAAAGUUGUUUCGAGAAGUACGAAUAAUGAAGAUACUGAAUCAUCCUAACAUAGUAAAAUUGUUUGAAGUUAUUGAAACAGAGAAGACCCUCUAUUUAGUCAUGGAAUACGCAAGUGGGGGUGAAGUAUUUGAUUACUUAGUUGCCCAUGGAAGAAUGAAAGAAAAAGAGGCCCGUGCAAAAUUUAGGCAGAUUGUAUCUGCUGUACAGUAUUGCCAUCAAAAGUGCAUUGUUCACCGUGAUCUUAAGGCUGAAAACCUUCUCCUUGAUGCUGAUAUGAAUAUUAAAAUUGCUGACUUUGGUUUUAGUAAUGAAUUUACAGUCGGGAACAAAUUGGACACAUUUUGUGGAAGCCCCCCCCAAAUAAUGAAAGAUCGGUGGAUGAAUGUCGGUCACGAAGAGGAAGAACUAAAGCCAUAUACUGAGCCUGAACCAGAUUUCAAUGACACAAAAAGAAUAGACAUCAUGGUCACCAUGGGGUUUGCACGAGAUGAGAUAAAUGACGCCUUAAUAAAUCAGAAAUAUGAUGAAGUUAUGGCUACUUAUAUUCUUCUAGGUAGAAAACCAACUGAAUUUGAAGGCGGUGAGUCAUUAUCCAGCGGAAACUUGAGUCAGAGGUCACGGCCCAGUAGUGACUUAAACAACAGCAGCCUCCAGUCCCCUGCUCACCUGAAGGCCCAGCGAAGCAUCUCAGCCAAUCAGAAGCAGCGGCGUUUUAGUGAUCAUGCUGGUCCAUCCAUUCCCCCUGCCGUAUCGUAUACGAAAAGGCCUCAGGCUAACAGCAUGGAAAGUGAACAGAAAGAGGAAUGGGACAAAGAUGUCACAGCUCGUAAACAUGGCAGCACAACAGUUGGAUCAAAAAGCGAGAUGACUGCCAGCCCUCUUGUAGGGACAGAAAGGAAAAAGUCUUCAACUAUCCCGAGUAACAAUGUGUAUGCUGGAGGUAGCAUGGCAAGAAGGAACACAUACGUCUGUGAACGGACCACGGAUCGGUACACGGUGCUGCAGAACGGCAAGGACAGCAGCCUUACGGAGAUGUCCGCGAGUAGCUUAUCGUCUGCCAGCUCUGCUAUGGCCUCUGCUGUCCCCUCAGCGCGACCCCGCCACCAGAAAUCCAUGUCCGCUUCUGGUCACCCUAUAAAAGUUACACUGCCGACCAUUAAAGACAGCUCGGAAGCUUACCGACCCGGCACAACCCAGAGAGUGCCUGCUGCUUCUCCAUCUGCUCACAGCAUUAGCGCCACCACGCCAGACCGGACCCGUUUCCCCCGGGGGAGUUCCAGCCGAAGCACUUUCCACGGUGAACAGCUCCGGGAGCGACGCAGCGCGGCUUACAAUGGGCCGCCCGCGUCGCCGUCCCAUGAAACGGGUGCAUUUGCACACGCCAGGAGGGGAACGUCAACUGGUAUCAUAAGCAAAAUUACAUCCCGAUUCGUGCGCAGGGAUGCAAGUGAAGGCGAAGCCAGUGGCAGAACCGACACCUCAAGAAGUACAUCCGGGGAACCGAAAGAAAGAGACAAGGAGGAGGGCAAAGACCCCAAACCCCGCUCUCUGCGGUUCACCUGGAGUAUGAAGACCACCAGCUCCAUGGACCCCAAUGACAUGAUGAGAGAAAUCCGGAAAGUGUUAGAUGCGAACAACUGUGAUUAUGAGCAGAAAGAGAGGUUUCUGCUUUUCUGUGUCCAUGGAGAUGCCAGACAGGAUAGCCUCGUGCAGUGGGAGAUGGAAGUCUGCAAGUUGCCGCGGCUGUCGCUCAACGGGGUCCGCUUCAAGCGAAUAUCUGGGACGUCUAUUGCCUUUAAGAACAUUGCAUCUAAGAUAGCAAAUGAGCUCAAACUGUAAAGAGACUCAAAUUUACAGGAUCAGGGAAGAUACAACCGUAUUAUGGGGUACAGUUUUUGAAUGUACUGGUGAUGCCUAAUGUGAUUGGCCUGUGAAUCUCCCCAUGUAGAAUUUGCCCUUAAUGCAAUAAGGUUAUACAUAGUUAUGAACUGUAAAAUUAAAGUCCGUACGAACUAUAAUAAAUAUCUGUAGCUAAAAAAAAGUAGGUUCACAUGUACAGGUAAGUAAAUUGUGUAUUUCUGUUCAUUUUCUGUUCAUAGAGUUGUAUAAUAAAACAGAUGACUGCUCAAAAACUUGUAUAGUUGUCUAGAUUUCUGCACAUAAAUGUAUGUUUGAUUCUUUGAGUUGAAAAUAUUCUUCCCUGUUAUUACAUUCUGGUGGGUUUUUUAAAUUCGUACCUCCAUCAUGCAAUUUCGAAAACUGUCCAGAAUUAAAAGUGCACAGAAAUAGUCUUGACGAUUGUAGCAUGGACUUUUAAAAGUUAUUUUAAAAUCCUAUUUAAAGUUAAACCAGAAGCUGAUAAAUAGAUCAGCUUUAUUAUACACAGAAUUAGACCUGCUUAUCUUGGCUCUUACCCUUGUUACCAGACAAGGUUUAAUUGAGAAGAUGCAAAAUGUUUACAGUGUUGGCACUUAGAGUUUUUAAAAUAAAGUAGGUGAAAAUAAAUAAUAGCUUUGCCUUGAGCUUACUAAGAAGUCCUGGGGGGAGAGUAAAACCUACACCAAAUUUUUUUGGACUUUUGAGUGUUUUCUGGCCCACUGCUCAUUGUAGCAGCACAAUGAACAAGAAUCAAUACUUCAUCUGGCUGUUAUAAUGUAAACUGUCACUUAGGGUUGCUGCCUUCCGAAUACCGCAAUCUCAUUGCGGGAAUAUAAUAUCGGGACUGUUUCAUAGCACAAAGUCAUCUUUGUUGAUCAAUGCAUCAGUUAAGAAAUAAUGCCACCUCAGGAAUUAACUGGCAUUGGGGACGUCUGCCUCGCUCUCCUCCCCUCCUCUUCUCCCACCCCCGGCCCCGUAAUCUCUGUAAGUACUUAAGAGACUUUUGAGCAAAACAUUCUGUUUAUAACAGUAUAUUAUUGGUUUACGCUUACAUUGUUCAGUUUGUUCCCAUGUAACCUGUUUGUUUUUACUGUUUUGCCAGAUUUCUUGUAUUUAUUCCCCAUUGUUAUGCCUAUCAUGUGUGUGGCUGUGUAAAAUUGGGCAUUUGCCAACUUUUCUUUCAUAAUCAGUGACGUAUGCGAUGUAAAACCACUAGUAAAGGUACACUUUAAUACUUGUUAUUUUAUACUGAAUUAGCCUUGGAGGUUGACUGUGCAAUGUUAUUUAAUGUUGUAAUUACUGUAAUAUCUACAUAGGGGCCCCAUCUGCACCCUCCUGAGAAAUAGAAAGUGUAUUCAGAUUUUAUCAGUUUAAAGAAAAAUAGAAGCUGUGAUAAAUACUGUAAUUCCUACCUGCGUUAGAACACUCGAAGUGUAGGUGAUGCCAUUCCAUAAUGGCUCCCAGGCUAGGAGGACUUUUCCAUUCUGUACUGUACUGUGAUGUAGCUUUCUUCUGUACCAAUUCUGUUCUAAAAUCAAGUGUAUGUUUGCCUUAGCGAAGGGUGGUGUUUGGGGGGAAAAAAGCAACAGCUGUGUAGCCCCUUUUUAACCUAGUGUUCAUUCAAAAAAACAUUGAUGCAAAUCUUUUCACUCUCACUGGUGCACACUGAAAUUUUACUUGAACAGUUCUCAUAAUAAAGCACUUGUCUUUUGCUCUUUA